CAUCACCUCCUUUCGGCUUCUCCCUCCAAAAAAAUAAAAAAUGGCCCAUUCCCAAGCCCACAUCUGCCACUGCCUCAGCCGCCUCCGGCGACGUUCUCCGCUCACGAUCGACGGCUAUCGCCGGAGGUCCGGAGACGAGUUCGUCGGAGACGUCGUCGGCCUCGCCCUCGGCAUCGAAAGGCUCGGGAUAGCAAGAGGAGACGUGGUUGCGAUCGCCGCGCUCAACAGUGAUUUUUACGUGGAGUGGCUGCUGGCGGUCAUGCUUGUCGGGGGGAUCGCCGCUCCCCUCAAUUACAGAUGGAGCUUUGAGGAGGCGAAAUCGGCUAUGGAAGCUGUACGGCCUGUGAUGCUCGUGGUGGACGAGAGCUGCGUUUCGUGGGCCCGAGCGCUGCGAAACGACGGUUGCUUCCCGUCUCUGAAGUUGUAUGCUUGCAUCGGGGACUUAUCCGGCGGCCAGCUUCUUAGGAGUGAGCAUUUUUCAACCAUGGAUUCUAUUAGAGUGCAUGCACCACAUCCGUCAAUGCCCCAAACAAUGUGUGCACCGAAGGGAACUGCUCUUAUAUGCUUCACAUCAGGAACCACUGGACGACCCAAGGGAGUUGCUAUAAGUCAUACAUCCUUAAUUGUGCAAUCCCUCGCAAAAAUUGCAAUUGUUGGUUAUGGUGAGAGUGAUGUGUACCUUCAUACAGCUCCACUUUGCCACAUUGGCGGGAUUUCUUCAUGCAUAGCCAUGCUAAUGGUAGCCGGAUGCCAUGUAUUUAUGCCAAAAUUUGAUGCAAGAUCAUCCUUUUUAUUAAUCAAAAAGUACCAUGUGACCUCUCUAAUCACUGUCCCUGCAAUGCUUUCCGAUCUGAUUUCUUUUGCUAGGAAUUCAAACAAUUCAAAUGGUGGAGAGACUUUAAAGAAAAUUCUCAAUGGUGGUGGCAGUCUCUCAUCUUCUCUUAUCAAUCUUGCAGCUCGUACGUUUCCUCAGACAAAGAUUAUCUCAGCUUAUGGGAUGACAGAGACAUGCUCUUCACUUACUUUCAUGACUCUCUGUGAUCCGGUACUCCAAAAAUCUGGAGAAUUUCAUUCUAGUCAUCACAAGGUCAACAGUGAGCAUAUAGGAGUAUUUGUUGGCAAGCCAGCUCCUCAUGUUGAACUCCGAAUAAGUAGUGAUUCUGACAAUUCGUGUUCUCCUUCGGUUGGAAGCAUUUUAACUAGAGGCUCACAUGUAAUGGUUGGAUAUUAUGACAAAAAGAUGAAAAUUGUAGUGGAUUCUAUUGAGGAUGGGUGGCUUGAUACAGGCGAUAUAGGGUGGAUUGAUAGCAAUGGUGAUUUAUGGCUCAUUGGGCGUAAAAAAGGUCGGAUUAAAAGUGGAGGGGAAAACAUCUACCCUGAAGAGGUGGAGGCUGUGCUUUCUCAACACCCAGGAGUCCACAUGGCUAUUGUUGUCGGUAUUCCAGAUACACGCCUGAGUGAAAAGGUAGUUGCUUGUAUUGUCAUUAAUGUAGACUGGAAAUGGACUGAUGAUCUAAAGCUAUGGAAUUAUCAAGGAGUAAAAGAGCUAUCAAAUGAGAUCCUCCAGAACUAUUGCCGGCAGCAAAAUCUGACAGGGUUUAAGAUACCGAAUGUUUUCAUCCCGUGGACAAAGCCGUUGCCAUUAACUACACUGGGAAAGUUAAAAAGAGAGGAAUUGAGAAGAGAAGUACUUUCUUACGUGAAAUUGCUACCAAGUAACUUGUGAGCUCUAGCUUUAGUUUAUAGCAAUAGAAGGAUCUCAUUUCAAAAUGUUAUGCAAAAGACAAGCUCAACUACGUGAGCGGUAUGCUUCAUUCUUUCUCUUCCAUGCAAAGUGUAAACAAUUUGAUAGUUACAAUGUAAAUUGAUGAAGUAAAGAUUUUCCCAUUCUUCAUCUUUUA